UUGCGGCAACCUCGAAUCAAAGCAUGACUUCACAGCCUUUCGUCAAGUUUAAAAAUCUUGGCCGCAUGGCCUUCGCUCAAGCUUAUGAGAUACAGCGCGAAGUGGCGCGUACUUUACUGGAAGAAGUUGCCAGUAAUAGUCACGGCACGGUGACGAGAAACACAGUUCUUGUUGUCGAGCACGACCCAGUGUACACCGUCGGAAUCCGAUCAAAGCAGUACUCGACUGAUGUUGAAGAAAGACUGAAAAAAUUGCGAGCAGACUUUGUGCGAACAAAUCGUGGCGGUCUGGUGACGUUUCACGGGCCAGGUCAGCUUGUUGCCUAUCCUGUCCUCUACCUCGGCUCGUUCUUCAAAGACAAGAGCAUGCGGUCGUAUGUUCACAGCCUCGAAAGGAUGAUAAUCAAUUUCUGUGCACGUUUCCAGCUUGAUGCAAAGACGACAGAGAACACGGGCGUUUGGAUCGGAGACAAUAAAAUUGCGGCUAUAGGUGUCCAUGGCAGCAGGUACAUCACAACACAUGGCAUUGCUAUCAACUGCAACCCAGACCUUGGCUGGUUUGAUCACAUUGUGCCUUGUGGCAUUGCAGACAAGGGAGUGACAUCGCUGAGUCGGGAACUUGGGCGACUUGUCACGAUCCACGAGGCCUAUCCCGUUCUUGUGGCUGCCUUCGAGCAGCAAUUUAAAUGCACUGCUAUUGGAGAAAUAAAUGGUUAAUGACUUAUUUCCUCUCACAA